AAAACGUGACAAGAAAAGUGUUUUCUCGACUCGAGAUGUUAGAAGGUGCUAAAUCAAUAGGUGCCGGAGCUGCUACAAUUGCUUUAGCCGGAGCUGCUGUCGGUAUUGGAAACGUCCUCAGUUCUUUGAUUCAUUCCGUGGCGUCAAAUCCAUCAUUGGCUAAACAAUCAUUUGGUUAUGCCAUUUUGGGCUUUGCUCUCACCAAAGCUAUUGCAUUGUUUGCCCCAAUGACGGCCUUUCUGAUCUCAUUCGUUUUUCGAUCGCAUAAAAAGUCAUGA